AUGAAGAUCUAUUCUCUUCCAACAUCCUGUCGUUUGCUAAAACGCUGGUUGUACAUACCUUGUGGGAUAAUGAGUGUUGAAACCUUGGCGAUAAAAAGGCAUACUAACAAUGAAUGGAAUAUUUUCGUGAAUGUUAUGAAGAAAUAUUUUAUAGAAUUGAAUGAUUAUCAUCAUAACAAGAUUCUAAAGAUUAGUCAAGCAUUGCAUAUGAAACAUUUUGAAAACAAUUUCAACGAAAAUAAAAAUGUACGAGAACAAAUGGAAAUGGUUAUAAAUGAAAAACAGCAGACUGGACAUUGUCGAGUCAGAUCUGCCGAUUCAGCUGGAAAGAUAACAGCAAAAAAUAUGAUAACUUUUUGUUUUCUGCUCUUUCAAUUUUCUGAUGAAAACAUUGAACAUGUUUCUAUGAUGUUCCAUUGUUUCAACUGUAAAAAAAAAGUAAAUGUGAGACUUAUUCAAGCAUGGCUGGUUCGAGAAUUCUUUGUGGUUCGACCUUCAUCACCGUGCAGAGUUUCCAUCCGAAGUAGAAACAUUUUUCAUAGAGCGUCAUGGUUCAGGAAGUCUUAA